GUUAAGAGGGGCCAUGACGUCAUUAGAGAAAGCAAAUAUUAACUUAAAAGAUGAAUUGUUUUCCCCAAAACUGCCUCCUGUUUGCUCCUGUCUGUUGUCAUGGUUUCUGCCCUGCCCCGCCCCCCGAAGGCGAAAGGGGACAACGAAUCAAACCCACGUUAAAAAAGAAAGGGGCGCGAACGUGACGAAGAGGAGGACAACCUCCUGUCAACUUGCCCUCCGGUUGUCACUCCCCGCCGCCCGGCAUGUUCGUGUCCCCUCGGCGGCCGCCAGCCUAAAGAUGCAGGGGGACGACAUGGAGGUACCUUUGCUGAACAACCUCAACGACAACGGCGACAGGCUGAGGUCGAAAGGGAAAGAUGUGUUCAAGGACCAGCAGAAGGAGUCGGAGAGCUCCAUGGAGUCUCCCAACUUGGAGUUUGAAUACGGAGACACGGACACGCUAAUGGCCGAACUCUCAGAGCUUUACAGCUACACAGAGGAGCCCGAGUUUGCCUUGAACCGAGACUACUUUGAGGAGGACUUCAGAAGCCAUGACCGAGGCCGCAGGUGGAUUGACCUGAGCGCGGACGAGCAGCGCGCCUACGUGAUGAGACUCCUGGAUGACCUGGAGGUGACCGACAGGGACAAGAGGCUGAAGGUGGCCCGGGCCAUCCUCUACCUCGCUCAGGGAGUGUUUGACGAGUGCGACGCAGAGGCGGAUGUGCUGCGUUGGUCCAGACACAACGUCUUCCUGCUGUACGACAUGGGCAUCUUCACCGCGCUGCUGGAGCUCCUCAGCAUGGAGAUAGAUAACAACCAAGCGUGCAGCAGCGCAGUGAGGAAGCCCGCCAUCUCUCUGGCAGACAGCACAGAGCUCAGAGUGCUGCUGAGCAUCAUGUAUCUGAUGGUGGAGACCAUUCGGCUUCAAACGGAGGACGACAGACCAGAGUGGAGAGCAGCCAGGGAGGCCUUCAAGACUGAGCUAGGUGCGCCUCUGUACAACGGCGAGCCUUUUUCCCUGCUCCUCUUCACUAUGGUAACCAAGUUCUGCAGCAUGAACGCACCACAUUUCCCCAUGAAGAAAGUACUGCUGCUCUUAUGGAAGACCAUCCUGUUCACCCUGGGGGGUUUCGAGGAGCUCCAGGAGAUGAAGGUACGAGGCCGCGAGCGUCUUAACCUGCCCCCGCUCCCCGAGGACAGCAUCAAGGUGGUGAGGGCCAUGAGGGCCGCGUCGCCCCCGGCCUCCGCCAUGGAGCUCAUCGAGCAGCAGCAGCAGCAGAAGAGAGGGCGGCGCAGUCGAAGGAGUGCCUUUGUUGAUAGCUUGGAAGGAGACAGUCCCUUUCCCAAGAAGCAGCCGCUGGUCAAACAGGACAGCUUGGACACGUACAACGAGCGAGACCCCUUCAAGAACGACGACGCCCGCGAUGAGGAGGAGGACCCCGAGGACGCCGACAGCGGCAUCGAAGGCGAGGUGGACCCCUUGGACCGCGACGUCAUCAUCCAGCCCCCACCUCCACCGCCGCCUCUUCGGCCCCCGACAGAGAGGGUGAACUUCCCCAAGGGCCUCCCUUGGGCUCCGAAAGUCAGGGAAAAAGAUAUCGAGCACUUCUUGGAGACAAGUCGAAACAAAUUUAUCGGCUUUACUCUGGGAAACGACACCGAGACCCUUGUAGGCCUGCCAAGACCCAUCCACGAGAGCGUGAAAACUCUCAAACAGCACAAAUACAUCUCCAUCGCUGAGAUGCAGAUGAAGCGUGAGGAGGAGCUACAACAGUGUCCACUCAGCCUGGGCGAGGAGGACGUGGACGAGACGCCUGCAGAAACCAUGUACUUGGGGAUGCUUCCGAACCUCUCCCAGUAUGUGAUCGCACUCCUUAAGCUGCUGUUGGCUGCGGCGCCGACCUCCAAAGCCAAAACGGACUCCAUAAACAUCCUUGCAGAUGUGCUGCCUGAGGAGAUGCCAAUCACCGUCCUCCAAAGCAUGAAAUUGGGGAUUGACGUCAACCGCCACAAAGAAAUCAUCGUCAAGGCCAUCUCGGCUCUGCUGCUGCUCCUCCUCAAGCACUUCAAGCUCAACCACAUUUAUCAGUUUGAAAUAGUCUCCCAGCACCUGGUGUUUGCCAACUGUAUCCCACUCAUCCUCAAGUUCUUCAACCAGAACAUCAUGUCUUAUAUCAGUGCCAAAAACAGCAUAUGUGUGUUGGACUUCCCCCACUGUGCGGUGCAUGAGAUGCCUGAGCUCACCGCUGAAAGCCUGGAAGCGGGAGACAGCAACCAGUUCUGUUGGAGGAAUCUGUUCUCCUGCAUCAACCUGCUUAGAAUCCUCAACAAGCUGACCAAGUGGAAACACUCACGGACAAUGAUGUUGGUGGUUUUCAAGUCGGCCCCCAUCCUGAAGAGAGCGCUCAAAGUCAAACAGGCCAUGAUGCAACUGUAUGUGCUGAAACUGCUGAAGAUCCAAACAAAGUACCUGGGCCGCCAGUGGAGGAAGAGCAACAUGAAGACCAUGUCGGCCAUCUACCAGAAGGUCCGCCACAGACUCAAUGACGACUGGGCCUACGGGAACGAUAUCGACGCACGGCCGUGGGACUUCCAAGCGGAGGAGUGCGCCUUGCGCGAGGGCAUUGAAAAGUUCAACAGCCGGCGGUACGACAAGAACAAGAACGGCGACUUUGCGCCCGUGGACAACUGCCUGCAGAGCGUGCUGGGCCAGCGCGUGGACCUGCCCGAGGACUUCCACUACAGCUACGAGAUGUGGCUGGAGAGGGAGGUGUUCUCGCAGCCCAUCGAGUGGGAGGGGCUCCUGCAGGAGCAGUGAGGCCAGGGUGCGGGGGAAGAAAAGAUGGCUGCUGUGAACGCACACGGUCGAGGCCGCCAUGAACUGAGGUAGCGGUUCUUUAGAAACAUCCGGUACCAACAACUUGAACUGCACCGGCACUCUUCUUAUGCAGUCUCUUUUUACCACGCUGGUGCAGGUUGGACUUAUGUCUACCACAGUACGUGUCUCCAGUCUAAAAGCUGGACAUUUCUCAUACCUUUUGUCUUUAUCAUUUUUCUCUACAUUUAACUCACACAGUUUGUUGAUUGUGGGAGUUUAAAACAUAUAUUUUUUAGGGUGGAGAAAAGCCUUUUGACAGUCCAAAUAAGUUGGAAGGGAUUGGAUGUGUUGCCAAAACAAGACAUCAGCUGUAGAAGGUAAAUCAAACUCAUUUUCUACAUCGAGGAGGGCCACAUUUUUUCCACAAAUAGAACAAUUAAAGUGUGGGGUGCCAGUUUGAUAUUCUUCACAUCUUUUAAUAAUCAAACACACUAUGAUUAACACAAGUGUUAAUAUUUAAGCAACCAAAUUGGCCUUUUAAGGCAGUGGUCCCCAACCACAGCACAAGAAAUUUAAAAAAAAUUUUUUUAAUUUUUAUUUAUUUAUUUAUUUUUUUAAUGAAAUCAACAUAAAAAACACAAUAUAUACAUUAUAUAUCAAUUCAGAUCAAUACCGUCUGCAGGGAUACAGUCCGUAAGCACACAUGAUUGUAUUUAUUUAUGUAUGGGACAAAUUUUCAAGCGUUGACCGGUCCGCAGCUACAAAAAGGUUGGGGACCACUGUUUUAAGGGCUUUAACAUACCCGACUUACUACAGAAUGAAAUGGAACGUUAUCAUCAUUGCACUUAAAAAGUACAACGAAAUAUAGUGCGUCCAAUACAGUGUAUGACAGACCUGGGCAAUUAUUUAGACUCGGGGGCCACAUUUAGAGAAAACAAAUGUGUCUGUGGGCCGGUAUAUCUAUUUUUAGGGACACUAAUACAAAACUUCACAAUAAUGUCUUAUUGAAUGCUAAAAACGUUAUGACAGACCGCCUUAAAAAACGUAAUGGAAUUUUAAAUUUUUCAAUGAAAGAUAAAACACUGAAUAUUGACAAAAUAUGAACGUCACACCCCCUUUCGAUCGACAUAUUUUACAAUCAAGUGAAACGCAACAAAAAUGCAACAAACAGUGAAAUAUGAACGCAAAGGGUACAAAAUAAACCCCACCUGCAAUCUGAUAUAUCUGAUGUAUCACUAAGCUUUAGAACUUUGUUGUGAAAACCUCCUUCCGCGUCUGUGGAAACGCUUCCCGCCCACAAUGUUGGUGCCUCGUCUGAGCUGCUGUGACGUAGAUUACCAUAGUAACUAGAGAUGUCCGAUAAUAUCGGUCUGACGAUAUUAUCGGCCGAUAAAUGCGUUAAAAUGUAAUAUCGGAAAUUAUCGGUAUCGUUUUUAUUAUUAUCAGUAUCGGUUUUUUUUUAUUUUUAUUUUUUUGUUUUAAUUUUUAUUAAAUCCACAUAAAAAACACAAGAUACACUUACAAUUAGUGCACCAACCCAAAAAACCUCCCUCCCCCAUUUACACUCAUUCACACAAAAGGGUUGUUUCUUUCUGUUAUUAAUAUUCUGGUUCCUACAUUAUAUAUCAAUAUAUAUCAAUACAGUCUGCAAGGGAUACAGUCCGUAAGCACACAUGAUUGUGC